GGCAUCAUUAGCAAGUUGAUAAGAUAAAAUUUUGAUAUAAAAACGCGCUCGAAAACCCACAAAGAAUUAUGCUCAUAUUCAAAUCUUCCUUCUCAUUUUCAAAUUCCACAACCAAAACCAAAUAAAAAUGGUUUCCCACCUGGCGACACUUUUUGGGUGUGCCUUUCUCGCAUGCUCCGCCCUCGCAGCUUGUCCAGUUUUCAUUCCAGUGGGCAAUUUAGAUUUGGUCGAGUACUCAGGAGACUGGAAAAUCCACGGACUGCUCCGCACGUUUGGGGGAAACCCUGGAAUGAGAUGUCUGCACGUCGAAAUGGACAGUCUUGAUUGGACGACAGAACCUGUCGACGUCCACGCCAUCCUUCACGGCGAAUAUGUGGCCACGAAUGUCACCUUUGAACAAGAACUUCCUGCCGAAGUGCCCCGGCUCAUCGAACCUGGAAAAUGGACAAUUAACAUCAAUGGGACAAACUUUGAGCACACCAUCCUUCACACCGACUACAACAAUUCAUUGGUCAUUAGCUGCGCUCCCGUCACCGAUUUUGAUAACGCCCUCAUUGUUCUCUUCAACACUCGGACAUUUGAACCCAUGAAUCCGACCGUCAUCGAUCAGUACAAGUAUCUCCUUCAGAAUUACUACCAAAUUGACGAUGAGUUCUACUACCCAAUUUUCCAAAGUGAGGAAUUCUGUAAGGAGCACACGCAUCCAUAAAAAGUCUAAAAAAAGAUCCCUUAAAAUCUAAAAAUUUUAUUAUUGGGAGCGAAAUUAUGACAAUGUUGCCAAUGAGCGUGCUAAAAUUUGUAGUAAACCAUAAAAAUUAUA